CUCAUCAGCUGUUCCCUUGGACGCCGCCGACAAACCUCUCCCGUGUUAUGAUCAUGACCUCUCUGGAGACCAAUGGCAAUGGGAAUGGGAAUUCACUCAAGUUAUAUUACUGGUACACGUCCUUCUAUUCGCAGAGGGUUUUGAUGGCCCUGUAUGAGAAACGUGUCCCAUUUAAAAGUCAGAUUGUGUCAUUGCUUGCACAAGAGCAGUAUGAACCAUGGUUUUUAAGGCUCAACCCUCGUGGGGAGGUGCCAGUGCUCACAGAUGGAGUGAAGGUUAUACCAGACUCCAGUCGCAUCAUUGAAUACCUUGAGGACAACUUCUCUAAUGGCCAGUUCAAGCAGCUGACCCCAAAGGAGAAAGGCAGCGAGGAGAGUAAGCUCAUCCAAAGCUUCCGCGAGUCCCUCAAUGCCUUGCCCAUCCCUCUGCUCACUUACGGAACGGCCCUCAACCCUGAGCUCCUGGACAACCCCAAGCCACCCUACACUCCGGCUGUUUUCAAGAAGAUGGCAGAGAUUAUGAAGAAGAGGCACGUCAUCCUGAGAGACCAUGCUGAAAGGAUGCCGGAGUUUCGCGAUGCUCUCCUGAAGAAAGCAGAAGAGGCAGAGAAAGGUGUUGUUAAUAUCAAUACCACACGAGAAGAUGUUGAGGAAGCCCUGAAGAAAGUCGAUGCCACGCUGCAGGAAGUAGAGGAUCAACUCUCGUUGCAUUUACCAGAUAAUGUAGACUGUUGGUUGUGUGGAUCAUUAUUCAGCAUUGCUGAUGUAGAUUUAGCUAUUCUUUUAAAUCGCUUGAAUCAGCUGGGAUAUGAACGAAGAUUUUGGUCUGAAGGUAAACGUCCAUCAUUACAAGCAUAUUGGGAACGUAUACAGAAGAGAGAUUCUUUUAAGAAGGCUACAUACUUCUCAAUUAAUGCAGUACACAUGACUAUGCUAAGAGGAGUUCUAAAGCAGAGUAAAACUUUCUUGGCAUCUCUCACAGUUGCUUUGGGUUUUGUAGCGAUAUCUUAUAUCGUGUAUCGUCGUGUGCAACAGUCUUAGUAAGAGGAAGGCUCUUUUGUGCACUUUGAUUCAACAUGUACAAUGUGAAAUAUUUAGGUACUCAGUAUAUAGUUAAUAUAGUUCCAUGUUGUUUCAUAAAUAGCUAAAUUUAAAGUUUCAGAUGGUCUAUUUGUAACAGAGUUUUGUCCUGUUAUGUAGGGUUCCUGUCCCUGAAACCACAAUAGCCAAAGCACCUUCGACAUAUGGGACAGUUCAUUAGGGGUAAUGGUUAUGAAAAACAGUGAACCUACAUUAUUUGUUGAUGUUGUAAAGCAGUAUAAAUAAUGAGGCAAAAAAAAAGAAAGAAAAAAAAAAGAAAGUGAAUGAUUGUUCUACACAUUAUCAUAUACAGAUGAGAACUGUAAUUAUGAGGUGAAAUUGCAUCUAGUGUAUGUACUUCUGCCAAGAUCUUUGCUUGCGGAAUUACAGACAUAAUUUGCAACAUGCUCUCCUCAGACAUAAGGACAGUGUAAUUCUAGAAUCCAUGUACCAUGAAUCUUCCUCUCCAUGUAAUUAAAAAAUACUAUUUUUCUUGAAUCUACCAGGAAAGGUGCUUUAGCAAUAAUUGGUGGUGGUGUAUAGCCUUGUUGUUUAAGGUUUGGUAGCACAAAAAGGCAGCACUAUUUGCUACUCACAGUUCAGGUUUGCUGUAUUUACAAAUGCAGAAACCUUGAUUAUUGAUUUACAUGCCAAGGUGUUUUGUUAAUGACUGCUAUUUGGUAAGUGUAAAGUGGAGAUUCUCUAGGUUUGAGAAGGAAUGUUUAACUUUUUUGUUUAGAAUGGACUCAUAGGUUCAUAGUAUUUGUUUGGUGUCACUUAUUAAAUGGAUUUUUUUUUUUGUGUUGCCAUUAUAUAGAGCUAGUGUUUUUAGCAGAAAGUGAAUGCAAAAUUCAAACUAGUCAAGAAUGUUAGAUAUUUAGUCCAACAUUUUAGGCUGUGGUCAUGAAUAUAAUCCUUGUGCAAUGUCUGCCUACAUUUUGAAAAUAUGAUACAUUAGAACUUGCUUUUGGUGGUGGGAGAUAUUUAAUUUUGAGAUACAUAAAUUGCCAGGUUAUCUAGGGAAUGGACUUUGAUGUCUGUAAAGUUCUUUCACAGUCUGUGAUGGGCAUUGAUACAGAAGAUUGUAUAAAGUGAUACCAAUACAUCGAUACUUUAAAAUUGGCUGAAGCGAUUCCGAUACAUCGAUUCUUUGUAGAUAGCUAAAGUGAUACCGAUACCAAUACAUGUAUUACAGAUACUUUAUUGUAAGAGAAAUCCCCAGUGACAUGUAAAUAUCUGAUUUGGAGACAGAGACACAGAGAUGCAUUAUCUGUGCUUAUCUGUACAGAUAAAAAGUCUUGAGAGAAAAUAUGAAUAAACAAGAAAUUACACAAAUUAUCAUUUAUUUUUUUAUAUGUAAUAGAUAUUCUAUGGUAGAUAAAUUUCUUUCCAAAUUUUAGAAAUAAAAUCCUGGGUAACAUAUUUAGGGUUGGAAUGAAAGAAGCAUAUUUCAAAAUUUGCCAGCUAAUGACACAUAAUUCUACACAAUAUCUAGACUUUCUAUACAGCACCUUAAUCCUGAAUAUUUCUCCAUUUAUCUGAUUUUGUCUAUUAUUCUAAAAAGGAUAACUUAGUUGUCUUCCCUAGCAAUAUGAGAUGCAUGUCUUAAAUGAAAAAAAUCACAUUUUUAUUUAAUUUCUGCAGCACAUGAAAUGUCUUAAUAAUAUCAUUAAUAAGAACUGAAAUAAAGAGAAGGGUCAUUUUGCAAUUCAUGAAUAUUAAUUUUAAUCACAAAUUGGUUAUGUAAAUGUAUCGAUGUAUUGAUUUUUUUUCUUUUUUUUUUUCUUUUUUUCACACACUGCAGCAAUACAGAUAAAACAAUACAGUUAUUGAGUUGCUAAGGCGGUACCGAUACCAGUACAGAAAUAUUCAUCGAUAUGUAUCACUGAUACAUGUAUCGAGAUAUUGCCCAUCUCUGUUCACAGUAUUAUGAUGAUUGAUACUAUAGAUUUCCUGACCAAUGUUAGUAAAUUUAUUAUGAAUUUUAUAUGAACUAGAGAAUCUUCCAUCUUUUUUAUAAUGAGCUUGUGCAGUAUAAACACAAUAAGAGGCAAAUAGAUUUUUAUACAGAUGAAUAUAAUGUGUAAAUGUAAAUCAUAAACUAAUUCAGUGAAUUGGAAAUACUGGUUUUCAGCUACUGCCCUUCUCAUUCUUAUUUUGGUUUAAAGAUAUUGGAACCUGUUACAGAAACAGGUCUGCUUAUUGUACAUAAUGUGACCUGAUGGCCAAUUAAACACCACAGACAGUGCUAUAGAUUCUGCAGUAAUAUGCAUUUUGGAAGGUAAUUGAUAUUGCGACUUGAAAUAGGGUAAAAAAAAAAAUUAUUUGUUUUAAACUGAACAGAGGGAAAGCUUCAUAAUGAAAAUUAUGAGAUUGUGAUAAAAUCUUUUAUUGAGACAUUCUAUCUUCUGCACUGUGACAUCCAAUUGGCCCAAAUGCGUGCACUUGAUACACCCCAAAAAUAUUGCAGAGUUCCAUUUUCAUUGUAUUUCUUUUAUAUAGUGAUGUAAAUAUACUUAGAAUAAAAUUGUGUAUGAUAAUGGCAAAACGGUGUAGAUAGAUAGAUAGAGUAGGUUAAGGUACAAAUCUGAAGUUGAUUGUCCAAAAUUUGUUUGUUUGUUAUGUGGAGAGAUUCAAUUAUCUUUUAUGCAAGCAUUCUAGAAACUAAGGAUAUAUGUGUAUUUUAUUACGGUUUCAGAAUUGUGCCUGUUUUUUGUCCUGCCAUAAUCUAGGUCUAUUUUGGAGGUUUUAAGGUAAUUUUUUCUGUUUUUUUUUUCUCUCUAAUUAUCUUUGUCUUAUGAAAAUGAGAUUUCACUUGGGCUUUGGUAUUAUAAGCCUGGUGUAUAGUUUUCUUCAGGUGAAUGAACUGUUUAUGGUAUUUUAACUUUCCUUAUGUCAUUGCUCAUAGGAUCAUCUAUAACUUUUUAUUGCUCUCAAUUUUAUGUCAUUAUCUCAGGAAAGUGUAAUUUAUUGUCACUAUAUUUUUCUGAAACUACUUUGUAUUUUAUACCAGACCAAUUUUCCUCCUUUUUUUAUAUAGGAAAUAAAGUCCUUCAUCUUCA